GUCGCUAUUAUAUGCCCAAUUUAGAAGCCAUUUAUCUUGGGAGCACAAGGCGUUCUGCAACUCUAGAAAGGAAGUAACUUAGGUCAGUUAACCAGGUGUGGGAGGGUGACUCGUAACCUCACACACCUGCCUCAGAGCAACGCCUGUGAGCCAAGUGCCAGACUCUUUGCUGCCUUGUCAUGAGUAGCAGAAGUUACUUCUUGCUGCAAAAAGACUUGAGAGACUUGGAAGAGAACGAGUAUAAGGGUAUUACUGCCUUUCCUGUAAGUGAAGACAAGUUGAAAUGGGAAGCUAGUAUUGAAGGUCUGAAGGAUACAAUUUGGCAUGGACUAUACUUCCCGCUGACAAUAAAUUUUACAGCAGAAUAUAAUCUCGUCCCUCCAGUUGUGAAAUUUAAAAUCAUUCCUUUUCAUCCAAAUGUAGACCAACAUACUGGUCAACCCUGUAUAGAUUUUUUGGACGACCCUCGUAAGUGGAAAACAAGCUAUACAUUGAGCAGCAUCUUACUCACCCUCCAGGUUAUGCUUUCUAAUCCAGUGCUAGAAAAUCCAGUGAAUCUGCAAGCAGCCCAAACACUGCUUGAAAGUGAAACUGUAUACAAACGAAUAGUUCAGAAACUUUUCCGUGAGAAAUUAACAUUUAAUAAAGACAGCAGCUCUGAUUUAUUGAAAGACUCAGAUAAAUUAAUCAGAGCAAUUAGAGUCUCAUUUGACGAUUACCACAAGACCUGGUCGGACCUAGCUACGUCCAAGGCUGCGGAGAGUUUCAGAACACCACUGCUCGAGAAUCCAGGUUUCAUUGGACAGUAUCAUAAGUGGAAGAAAAUGGAGCAAAAACAUCAGAAAGAAUGGAAUUUAAAGUAA